AAUUCAUUUAAACUCAAAGUUAACGUCGGGUAUUCGACGACCCCCGCAGUCGUAUAGCAGAAAGGUAACCAAGAUGGCGGCGAUCAAGUUCGGCUCGCAUUUGAAAGAGUUGCGGAUUUUGUUGUGUCAGACUUCCAAGUCUAGUCAGGGCGUGAGGGAUUUCAUCGAGCAGCAGUAUGUCAAAAUAAAACAAAGUAAUCCGAAUUUUCCGAUCCUGAUAAGGGAAUGCUCAGCGAUCGAGCCGAGGCUCUAUGCCCGCUAUGAAUUCGGCACUGAACGCAAUGUCCCUCUGUCAAACAUGAAGUCCGAAGAUGUCCUGAGUGAGGUUAAAAAAUUGGCCACAAAGUAACUAUAGAGACAAUGGAUUAGAUAACUUGUAAUAUAUAAUUUAUUUAGAGAAAGUGAUUAGCUUAUCGCCAGUGCAGCGACCAUCUACGUUUAUUGAACAUUAAAGAGUUAAUUUACGAUA